AUGGCCCCCAAAAGCGCUGGUUUGCCGUACCGUCGAGACUCGAACGAUUGGGAGCGGGACUUCUUUGAUAUUCCGGACGAGUCCGCCCUGCUCGUGGUCAAGCGACAGUUGCGCCGCGUCCGCACCUGGCUGGUCUUGGCUGUCCUUCUUCUCUUGAUCAUAUGGAUGCGCCGCGAACGUCCGUCUACAUCAUCGUUGCCUCAUAUCAAUUACAACGAGGUCGAUUGGUCCCGAUUUGCAUUCACCCAAUAUGCCACCAGUGAGACCUACUUGUGCAACUGUGUCAUGGUGUUUGAAGCCCUGCAACGGCUUGGGUCCCGUGCGGAGCGAGUGCUAUUCUAUCCCAAAGAGUGGGAUCUAGUGAUAGACGAUGAUUCAGACCGCAUCAGUCAGCUGCUGGUUCUGGCUAAAACGCAGUACAAUGUGCAGAUGGUGCCAGUUGCCAUCGAGGGUGUCAGGAAAGAGACUGGAGGGGAGGGAGAGUUCGCCGAGGCCUCAUGGGAUACGAGCACCGCGAAGCUCUAUGCAUUUGGGAUGGUCCAGUAUGAUCGGGUGAUCCACCUCGACUCCGACAUGCUGCUCCUUCAACCCAUGGACGAGCUGUUCUUCCUACCCCCGACGCCCGUCGCCAUGCCUCGAGCAUACUGGCUCUUACCCGAAGAGCGGAGUCUAUCAUCUCUUUUGGCUGUCAUCGAGCCCUCAUAUCGCGAAUUUACGACCCUGAAGGACGCGACUCAAUCGGCGAUCUUGGGCCAGAUGGAUCUGAAUCUCACGAACACCCAAUACGACAUGGAAAUUUUGAACACCUACUAUGGUAAUAGUGCCCUGGUGCUCCCGCAUCGCCAUUAUGGUCUUCUCUCAGGGGAGUUCCGCACCAAGGAUCACCGACGGUUCCUGGGCAAUAGCCACGAGAUCUGGAAUCCAGACAAGAUUCUGGCAGAGGCCAAGUUUGUGCAUUUCUCAGACUGGCCCCUACCGAAACCCUGGAUUAUGUGGCCUCAACAACAGCUCGCAUCGCUGCAGCCGGCUUGUGAAAACAACCCCGGCACGCCCGAGGAGAGUGGGUGCCGCGACCGCGAGAUUUGGAAGCAGCUUUAUGAUGAUUUCCGGCGAAAGCGAAAAGUACGAGAGCCCUCGAGCCAAAAUUUUGGGAUUUCCAUUUGA